GUUCAAGCCUGGUCAUCUAUCUUUCUCUCAUUCAGUCACUAAAGAAACUUUCAAGAAUGGCGUCCAAGGUGGCUAAAGAUAGCCAAAAAAGAAAACGGGUGUCCGAGGCCAAUGGAAAGCCCAAGAAACGAGCACGAUCUGAGAGUGAGGAUGAGAGCAUCCAAGACGAUCCUCAUGCUGAGAUUCUGCUCUUAGAAGAGCAGAUUCUCGAGUCAAAGAAACAUUACAACAAUAUCGUCAAACUGAUCACCACCGCUAAGAACUUUGAGAACGACCCCGAUUCGGCGGCUCUCGCGUCUGUCGCACUGACCAGGGUUUUCAUCAGAUUACUGUCCUCGGGCUCUCUUAUCAAAAAGAAGGGUCAGCCGGAGAAGGAGGCCGUUGUUGUGCAGUGGCUGAGGGAUCGGUACUUCGAGUACAAGGAUGUUCUGCUUGACUUGAUCAACGAUGAUGAGCUAGGGGCGCCUGCGUUGACGCUCGCUAUGCGGGUUCUCAAGAGCGAGGGCCAGCAUCUCAAUGAUGGGGAUGAGUACAACUUCCCUCACGUUUUCCUUCAACAGAUCAUUCAAGCGCUCCUCGACUCAGAAAGUGAUGAUGCGCGAUGUGAAUUCGUGGACAAAUUCUUGACCGAGUUUGAUGACAUACGAUUCUAUGCUCUGAAGGCUACCAAGAGCAUUGUUGAAGAUCCAGAGCGCUCUGGGGAUCAGGAGGAGCUUUUCGAUGACUCGUUUACGUUCGUGUCAUCAGUCGGUAGCGUACCGAAGACGCUCGAGAACUAUUACCUCGAGAAGCCGAAGAAGAAGGCGCACCCGCUCAACUCGCUGCACCAGCAUCAGAAGCAAGGCCAGGAUGCAUGGCUGGCGGUCUUGAAGCUGGCAUCGACCAAGACUCAGAGGAAGCGUACGUUGAACGUCAUGUCGACGGACAUUGCCCCCUGGUUCCUCCGACCUGAACUGCUAGCGGAUUUCUUGACCGACUCGUACAACACGGGUGGCUCCAUGUCGCUGCUGGCCCUGUCUGGCGUUUUCUACCUUAUCAAGGAGAGGAAUCUCGACUACCCAUCGUUCUUCACGAAGCUUUACAGUCUCCUCGACCGCGAUAUCCUGCACUCGAAGCACCGGUCACGAUUCUUCCGGCUUAUGGACACAUUCUUGGCCUCGACCCAUCUCCCUGCUUUGCUGGUGGCCAGUUUCAUCAAGAGGCUUGCGCGUCUAGCGCUCAAUGCACCGCCAGCAGCCAUCGUAUUCAUCGUGCCGUGGACGUACAACAUUCUGAAGCGGCACCCGACGUGCAUGUUCAUGCUGCACCGGGAACUUCGCGAUCCAGAUGAGAGGAAGCGCGUCGAAAACGAGGGAUUUGAGGACCCCUUCCUCCCCGACGAAGCCGACCCGAUGGAGACCCAGGCGAUCGAUAGCUGCUUGUGGGAGCUCGUGCAACUGCAGCAGCAUUAUCACCCGAAUGUGGCGACGAUUGCCAAGAUUGUAUCAGAGCAGUUUACAAAGCAGUCGUACAACAUUGAGGAUUUCCUCGAUCAUUCGUAUGGCAGUCUUUUGGAGGCCGAGAUGAACAAGAACAUGAAGAAAGCUCCCGUGGUCGAAUUCCAGAUUCCCAAGAGGGUGUUCCUCCCACAAGACCCGGAAGCAGGACUUGAGGACAGUCUUCUCGCACGACUUUGGGAUUUUCAAUGAAGAGCCAUCAAGUUGGAUGUUAGCGGAGAACUGGCAGAACCAUUGGGCCACUCACACAACACCCUUGCUGAAUACGAGAUACCCGAGCAGCUACGCAUAUCUAUUGUUGUCACUACGCUAUGCUCUGUUUUAAGGACGCCCAUGAUAUUGGGAUUGAUAGCCAUGGCUUGUUUUGAACCGCUUUUUGAUGUGUCCUUGGCAGGGAAAGAGGCGAUCUUAUGUGAUGCUUGCUGGUGGACGGACUCUACGAAGAGCGAAACAGCGCGCAUCGCAAUCUUGAAAAUGCAAGAGAGCAAAUACGAACUCCCAUCCUCAUUUCUUAAAAAAUCCAGGAGUAUGUC